AUGUCCGACGAAAUCGAUGAAUAUUUCGCAGCCGCUCUCGGCCUGGUUAAAACUGCGGGAAACCUUAUAAUCGAGUUUAGGAAUGGUUGCAAAACUUACGAACAAAAGUCCAGUGAUAUCGAUCUAGUCACUGAAGUCGAUAAAAAUGUGGAGAAAACGUUAAUGGACGGCUUGUCGAAGAAGUUUCCGGACCAUAAGUUUAUCGGAGAAGAGACCGUCUCUGAAGGCGGACAGUGCGUGCUGAGCGACGACCCAACAUGGAUUAUUGACCCCGUCGAUGGAACAUUAAACUUUAUACAUGGUUACCCUCAAAGCUGUAUUUCCGUAGGACUCGCUAUCAACAAAGAAUGUGUCGCCGGUAUCAUCUAUAAUCCGGUACUGGACUUAUUAUUCACAGCUAAGAAAGGUAAAGGAGCCUUUCUUAAUGACAGGCAAAUUCAUGUAUCUCAAACCAAAGAAUUGGGUAAAGCAUUGAUAUCCUUCGAAGCUGGGACAUCUAGAGACACCGAGAGGCUUAGGAUUAUGUUCAACAAUUUCCGUUUAUUAGUAGAGAAGGGACAAGGUGUAAGAACUGUAGGGUCUGCCGCUAUGAAUAUGGCCAAUGUAGCUUUGGGAGGAAGUGAUGCAUACUUUGAAUUUGGUAUCCAUGCUUGGGAUAUAGCAGCUGGUGAUAUAAUUGUUCGGGAAGCUGGCGGAGUCUGUAUAGACCCAGCUGGGGGUCCAUUUGAUAUUUUGUCAAGGAGAGUCCUCUGUGCAUCCACCUCGGAACUAGCACAAGAACUAAGUAAAAAUCUAGAGCAAUAUUAUCCAGAGAGAGAUUAA